AUGCCCCCAUCUGAGCCAGAAUCUCUAUCUCAGACCACACUAAGUCACCUUAGGUGGAUUAUGCAGAAGGACUUGCUAGGACAAGAUGUCUUCCUCAUUGGACCCCCUGGUUCAUUCCGAAGAAACCUGGCCAUGAUGUAUCUGGAAGUGGUUGGGAGGGAGUGCGAGUACAUCUCUCUGUCUCGAGACGUGACGGACAACGACCUGAAGCAGAGGAGGGAGAUCACGAGGGGCAGUGCUGUCUACGUCGAUCAGUUUUGCAGAGAUAUUGAUGCAAAUCAAGUGAGAGAAAGUGACAAAGAGAAAGUGAAAGAAAUUGAAAAAGAGAGAGUGAGAGAAAGUGAAAAAGAAAGAGUGAGAUGUGCAGUGAGAGCCGCCAUCGAGGGGCGUGUCUUAAUUUUGGAGGGAAUCGAGAAGGCAGAAAGGAACGUGCUGCCUGUUUUGAAUAAUCUCCUGGAGAAUCGAGAGAUGCAAUUGGACGAUGGGAGGUUCCUGAUGGCUGCCGACCGAUAUGAUAGGCUCUUGAAAGAAAAUACGCCUGACCAAUUGGAGUCAUUAAAACUAGUCCGAGUUGAUCCUAAUUUCCGCGUUAUUGCCCUUGGCUUGCCUGUUCCUCGUUACCGUGGCAACCCCCUUGACCCCCCUCUAAGGUCAAGGUUUCAGGCCAGGGAUGUGCACAGCUGGGAGAACUUGGAAUUGUUGAAGAGGAACAUGUCAGCCAACAUUCCCCUUGAUGUACUGACCCGCAUGCUAUCAGUGGGACUGGCCCUGACCACUACCGACAGCAGAAACUCCGGCCUACCAGAUUUCCCCGUUGACAACCUCGCCUGCAUACCUCACAUUUUGAGGCAAGCACCUGACUUCGACCAGUUGAAGAUGUUCAAGAUGAUGUACCCCUACACGUGCAUGCUCAACAAGGAAGGACAAAAUAUAAAACAAAUUAGAACAGAACGUAUUUGA